UGAUCUAGACUCCAGCUACAUGAUCUCUUGGAAACAAAACUCGGUCUCUCACAAUAGUUGCUCGAACUGCUUUCAGGUGCUGAGCAUCUAAGAAAGAUGCCUCUGUUGUCUCACCUUUGAUUUUUACUCCCCUCCUCUCCUCCCCUUCCUCAUUUCCCUCCCUUUCCCCCCUUCCCAGAACACAACUCCCCCAUCCUCAUCCCCAAUCCCUCUCCCCUUUCCCCCUCUCGACAAUGUUGUCAUGCUGCCGUUGGCUGCAGCCUCUAGUCCAAGCCAGCCUCCUAAUCUGUUCUGCCUUGCUGAAUCACGGUGAUCUUUGCCCGGCUCCCUGCCUCUGCCCGGACCCUCACACUGUUGACUGCAGCCGUCAAGGGCUUGGAAGCUUGCCGGAUUUCAUCCCCUUGGACGUUCGGAGGCUCUUGCUGUCUGAUAACUGGAUCGACCAAAUCCCGGCAGAUUUUCUUGUCCUCUACAGCGAUCUGGUUUAUCUGGACCUGCGAAACAAUUCCCUUUCUACAAUAGAGCCCGGCACGUUUAGUACCUCCUCCAAGCUAGUGUUCCUCGAUCUGGGACAGAACAACUUGACGGAAAUCCCAGCAGGCACCUUCUUGGAGUCUGGGAGUCUGAUCAAGCUCCAUUUAGACAGUAACCCUUACCUGUCAUCAAUCAGUGAAGAUGCUUUUCUUGGUCUGACAUCCCUACGCGAGCUGGAGCUGGAGAGUAAUGCCCUGUCCAGCAUGAAGGUUGGAUCCCUGAGCCAGUUGUCCUCAUUGAAGCUCUUGAGGUUGGAGGACAAUCCUUGGGUGUGCAACUGCAACUUUGCCAACCUGUAUGCAUGGCUAAUGGCGAAUUUAGACAGGCUUCCAAGAGGAGUGGACGGGAUGCAGUGCUCGCUGCCCCUGGAUGGGCGGAGGGUGAACUUGAGCCAGCUCUCGGAGGACAGUUUCCGGGCUUGCCAGCUGACCCUCACCGUCACCGACUAUCUCAUCAUCAUCUUCUCGGGCAUCUCCGUCUCGGUGGUUGCCAUCAUGACCAGCUUCUUCCUGGCAUCCACUGUCCACUGCUUCCAGCGCUGGAGCAAGGCCAACAAGACUGACGAGGAAGAAGGCGAGGACUAGAGCCUGUGUCUUCACUGGAAACCAUGAGACCAAUGGAUGGGAAACUCCGGUCUGGGAGUGCUGCUCCACAGCAGGUUUAAUAGAUGGAAUUAAAUGCACUUCAGGACCCAGUCAGGGGUUAAAUAGAUGAAGUAUUAAGCACAUGGUUGGAACAUGGACCUGAAUUGGAUAUGCUGAUAUUUCUACCCUUACCUUGUACUACGUACUUCUUACUUUCCAUAAUAAGCCAAAGAAGUGGAUAAUGAUCUAAAUGACCAAUUUUGUCCAAUGAUUUUUUAUUUUUAAAAAAGUCUGAAGGACAGGGUUUUCAAUAAUCUUCACUGCUCAGUAGCACAUAGUACAUGCAUUAUUACAGUGUAAUUAUGAACGAAUAGAGAAUUAUGUGGCAUCUAUUAAUGCUUAAUUUCAGGGUAACACAGUUUAGAAUGUGAUCAAAUGUUUAGGAAAGCAUUUAUCAUUCAAUGCCAAU